AUGGGAGCUCCUAUGGAGAAUUCAAACAAACCCCAACAAAUCACAAAUCACUUACUUCGGCACCAGACAACAACCCCGCCACAUGUACCUUACCCUUACAUCGACAAACGAAAACCCAUCCCUGUCAAACGAACAAGCAAAAUCCUGGGAUUCACCGUCGACGACACCCUAACCAUGGUCUAUCACAUCAGGACGAAGGCAGCAAUCGCAAACAAAACACUCGCAUCAACCAAAGCCAAAACACACCUAUACAAAGCUCUCAUACGACUACUGCUGACAUACGCACCCAACACACUACAGCUAGCUGCACCAACAAACGCCAAGAAACUACAAGCCAUACAAAUUUUAUUGAUUUUCUUCCUGUUAGAGCGUCAGUGCCUUCUCGUCAACUUGGAGGAAAAAGUCAGCUGGGCCGACGCCCGUACUUGGUGCCACAACAAAGGAGGCGACCUGGCUAUCCCUCAAGACUCUCGCACUCUCAUCUCUCUGUUGAACUCAUUUAACGUUGGUGAACACUUGUGGCUGGGUGGGUCUGACCUGGCUACAGAGGGAGUCUGGCAUGACGUAUCAAGUAAACCCAUCAAUUUGAGGUCAUCAUUGUGGAGUGAAAGCGAACCUAAUGACUACGGUGGAAAUGAAGACUGUGUCCACCUAAGGUAUAAGGAAGGUGAAUACGGAUGGAAUGAUGUUAAUUGUGAAUAUACUUAUAAUUUUAUAUGUGAGCAUCAGCCAAUAUAAGAUAUAACACACCAGGUCCAUAGGUUAGUUGAGGUUCCCUUGUGACUCUGUGGUCCCUGUUGGGUAUGGCGGUUUAUCUUGUAGAGUCAAGAUGUCCUACCAGGCAGUUGUCUCUUUCCUCACUCUUACAGAGAUGAGUGGACACUGGGCACACAUACACUCAAUAUACAGUACAGUACAGUACAGUACAGUACAGUACGUGUGAUUUUGAGUUUUGUACAAUAAAUCAGUAUUUUUAAUAUCACAGGUGUAUGUUAUGCCCUCUGUUAUCUUCACUAUUACAGUUCUCAUUAUCUUGACCAAUAAAGUUUUGCAUACCAAUAUCUGCCUUUUGUUAUUAAGAUUUUAUUGAACUGGUAUAACAUGAUGUAAGGAGUUAACAUGUCUGUUAACUAGGCCAGUACAGUGUUACCAACCACAUGUAUUAGGUUGUAUAAAGUGCUUACUGUGAUCAUUAUCACUGACAGAUCAGGGAUGGGGUCACUUAUGAAGAGAAUUGGAAUUGAUGUUAUAUCAAAAUAAUAAAAUGUGUUUAUCAAAGUGGC